UCGGAGCCCACUUCCCGGACGCACCUGAGCUGAACGGCAUCGCGCCGGGCUGCCAGAUUGUCGGCUUCAAGAUUGGCGACACACGGCUCGACGGGAUGGAGACGGGCACCGCGCUCGUCCGCGCGCUCGGCGCCGCCAUCGAACGAGGCGUGCACAUCAUCAACCUCUCGUUCGGCGAGUACGCAAAGGUGGACGACAUCGGACGCUUCACGGCGGCCGCCAACCUCGCCGUCCACAAGCACGGCCUCCUCUUCGUGACUUCGGCGGGCAACAACGGGCCUGCCCUCUCGACGGGCGGUGCGCCCGGCACCUCCUCCUGCUGCAUCGCCGUCGGCGCCUACUGCUCCUCGGCGAUGAUGGGGCCUCAGUACUCGCUCCGCGCCAAGCUCGCCGACAUCCAGUACACUUGGUCCUCCCGCGGACCAACCUAUGACGGCCACCUCAACGUGAGCGUCUCUGCGCCCGGCGGGGCCAUCGCACCCGUCCCCAACUGGACGCUGCAGGGCCGCCAGCUCAUGAACGGGACGUCGAUGGCGUCGCCAAACGCGUGCGGCGGCAUCACGCUCCUGCUGUCUGCGCUCGCGGCGCGCGGCGAGCGCUGGUCGCCCGCGUCGAUCCGGCGCGCCAUCGAGACGACGGCACUUCGCACGCCAAACGCCACGGGCAGCGCGGUCGAGGUCUGGGCGCUCGGGCGCGGGCUGCUGCAGGUUGGCGCGGCGCUGAGCUGGCUCGAGGAGCACGGCGGGCACGCCCACUGUGACGUGCGCUUUGAGCUCAGCGCCACGACGCACGGCUGCUCGACCGCCGCGGGCGCGGGUGCGCGCGGCGUCUACUUACGCGAGCCGCAGCACUCGAGCGCGUCGGAGGUUGGUGUCGACGUCUUCGUGCGCCCGAGGCUGCACGAGGAGGCGCCCAACGCACAGCGCGUCUCCCUCGACGUCGGCGUCACGCUGCAGCCAAGCGCGCCGUGGUUGAGUUGCGCGCCGUUCCUCGCGCUCACGCACGGCGGCAAGGGCUUCAACCUCAAAGUGUCGCCCGGCCAGCUUCCGCCUGGCGCGCACUACGCCGAGGUGGCGGGCCACGACUCGUCUUCGCCGCGGCGCGGCCCGCUCUUCUCGCUCCCCGUCACCGUCUGCAAGCCGCACGCGAACCUCGCCGCGCCGCACGCGCCGUGCCACGUCGCCUUCGAGCGCGUCGCCUUCUCCCCCGGCCACAUCGAGCGCCGCUUCGUCGUCCCGCCGCGGGGCGCGACUUGGGCGACGCUGACGUUGCGCGCUCGGGGGGCGCCGCGCUCGCGCGAGCCGGCGGGCAGCGUGGUCUACAUGUACUCGCUCACGCAGCUGCUGCCACAGAAGCACAUCGGCCAGUCGUCUGAGACCCGGCGCGUCACCAUGGGCGUGCCUGACGAGGCGCAGGGGGCUGGCGCGCCGGCGACGGAGUACGUCUCGACCGUCGCGUGCGUCGGCGGCGUGACGCUGGAGGUUGCGGUGGCGCAGUGGUGGAUGUCGCUCGGCGAGACGGAGCUCGACGUGGAGCAGCUCACGCUCGACGGGCGGACCCUCUUCAGCUCGCUCGAGCUACACUCCUUCCGCCGGACGUCGGUCGAGCCGGAGGGUUCGCUCAAGACGCUGCGCCGCGCGUGCCGCCCGCUCCAGGCGAAGCUCGUCCCGCCCGCCGCUCCGUGCGGCGACGUCGGCAUCGGCGACGCGGGCGUCGGCGGCAAGACGCCGAUCUACGACUACCUCCUCUCGUACAAGUUCGCGCUCAAGGAGGCGUGCGAAGGCGUGACGGUCCGCUUCCCGUCGCUCUCGGCGCAGCUGUACGAGAGCGGGUACGAGGCGCAGCUGUGGGCUCUCUUCGACGCGCACAAGCGGCUGCUGCGCUGGGGCGACUACUACGUGCGGCUCCAGCUGCGGCACGACUCGCCCGCGCAUCUCGAGAAGCUCAAGGACAUGCCGAUGGUGGUUGACCUGCAGAUCGCGCCCGUCGCCCUCUCCUUCCACUGGAGCCGCGCCUCCGCCCUCGACGACCCCGCCGCCGGCCCGAAGCCGCCUCUGCGCCGCCUCCUCGAGCCGCACACACGCGUUGCGCUGCACGUGGCGUCGCCGGCCGCGCCCGCCAUCGCCGAGCCGGGAGACACGCUCCUCGGCUCGGCCACCUUCGCCAAGCUGUCCUCCGAGGGGGUCGGCGCUGGCAAGCGGCCCGGCGGCUGGCCAGUGACGCUGUUCGUCCCGCCGGCCGCCAAGAAGGAGGAGCCGCCCAAGCCGGCGUCCAUGGACAAGGAGGACGAGACGGCGCCGCAUCGGAUGGAGGCGGCGCUGCGCGCGCUCAAGAUCUCGCAGCUGGUCAAGCUGUCGCCAAAGUGCAAGCCGCCAAAGGAGCCGGCCGCCGCUGGCGAGGCUGCGCCGCUGCCGCACGAGGCGGGCGGCGGCGAGGCGGACGAGGAAUUGGCGGCAAGGGGCACCGAUCCUCACGCGUGUGGCGGGGCGCACCUCGAGCACGCAGAGGCCAUGUCGGAGGGGCGGCGGGCCGGCGAGGAGCUGCUGCGCGGAGUGCUCUCGCUGCUCGACGCGACGCAGAUCGCGGCGGCGCUCGGCGUGCCCCACGUCGACCCGGACGACAAGCGCGCCAAGCAGCGGCGCGAGGUGGACGAGGCGCAGAAGAAGGCGCUCGUCGGCGCGCUCCACCUCAAGGCCGCCGCCCUCGCCGACUUGCACAAGGUGGCGGCGGCGGCCGGCGCGGGCGACGGCGCGGGCGACGGCGCGGGCGACGGCGCGGGCGACGGCGCGGACAGCAAGGCGGCACUCGAGGCGCUCGACGCCGCCGUCGCGGCGCUGCAUCGCUGGGCGGCCAAGGAGGAGCACUGGAAGCUGCUCGUCGCGUGGCACCGCGCGCACGGCUACGCAGCGACGGCGCUGGCCGCCCUCGACGAGCACCUCGCCAAGGAGAAGGGGCCGCCGCCAAAGGAGAAGCUCGAGCUGAGGCUCGAGCUGCUACGCGAGCUCGGCUGGCAGCACUGGGUGGACAAUGCGAAGGCGCUGCUCCUGCUCAAGUACCCGCAGAGCUACCCGCCGCCUUUCAACUCCGUGUGAGGCGGGCGCGCGGGUCGCGGGCGGCGGGCGCAUUUUGCGGGUGGCGC